GUUUGUGCCACUGUUUAUGUUCAGGUAGACAUAGGCGGGGCUUGUGGACUCCAGUGAGCCAGCGCCCUGUGUCGAGCACGCGCACCUUCACGUUCCUACCUUUUUAAUGAGAGUAUAACGUAAUAAAGUACAAGAUGUCGGCCGUAGCUGUGCUUUUAUUCAUGGAAGCAUUAAUGCACUUUAGUUGAUAGAAAAGACGAAGAAAAAAAGGCAUCAGCGUUAGACUGAAUCUGAGUGCAAGCGCUCGCGCGAAGUCAGAUAAAUGAAGCGCGCGCGCGGUGACGCCUGAACCGUAAACUCCCGAAGGAAGCCGUCAAAAAAAAAAAAAAAAAAACCUCCGCGUUUUCCCGGAAGUUUACCAACACCUGCGACGACGCCGCUCGCUGAAACAUGGAAACAUCUGGCUUUUCGCACGGGAUGUCUAUACAACAUAAAGCAGAGUGACGAAGUGGACUUCCAGACCAGGGUCUGUUUGCGUGUAGAAGAUGACUUCGCCAUGGUGUGCACUGGGAAACAAAAUCACCUCUCUGGGUCUGAUUGACCUCUCCAAGCGAACACACAUGUCAAACUCUGCCAUAUCUUGUUUAGUGCUUUUCCCUGACAGCACGGUACAAACUUUCACAGUCAGCAAACAUGAUGCUGGGAUUUUGUUGUUUGACCUUGCUUUUGAACACCUGGGCAUAAUAGAGAAGCAGUAUUUCGGUCUGCAGAUCGGUGAAGACACCACUACUUCACCGAAGUGGCUUGACCCUGGAAAACCUUUCAAAAAGCAGCUUAAAGGCUCUGCCCCAUUCACUUUAAUAUUCCGAGUGCGUUUUUUCAUCUCUGACCCUAACUCUCUCCAGCAUGAACAGACCAGGCACUUUUAUUUUUUGCAAAUUAAGAAGGACAUUCGGGAGGGCAGGUUAAAAUGCCCACUGAGCUCUGCUGUGGUACUGGCGUCCUAUGCCGUUCAGUCUGAAUUUGGAGCCUAUGUUCCAGAGACUCCUCCUGGAUAUCUUGGCAAUAUAUGCUUCCUUCCUGAUCAGGACAAGGACUUCCUUUUCAAAGUGGAGUCAUUGCAUCCUCAGCACAAAGGCCUCUCUCAGAGUGAGGCAGAGUUGUGUUAUCUGAACACUGCUAGAACCUUAGAUCUCUAUGGAGUAGAGCUUCAUAGUGCACGGGAUGCUAGUAACCCAUCUCUUUGGGUCGGGAUUGCCUCAGGAGGCGUUGCCUUGUUUUGCAAUUUGAUUUGUUCUAAUUUCUUCCCCUGGAUCAAUAUAAUCAAGAUUUCAUUCAAAAGAAAGAGAUUCUUCAUCCACCUUCGUCGAAAACAUGGGGAGGUUGGACAGCAGGUGGUGUCUCUGUCUUUGCCCAGCUCUCGUUCCUGCAAAAACUUUUGGCGGUCCUGUGUGGACCAUCACACAUUCUACAACAGAAAAAACACUUAUGCAGUCUCCAAACAUAGGUCCUUACCUCUGUAUCGGAAACUAGUGGGCGAGGUGAUGUGGAAUCCCUUAAUAAAGUCUCAUUCCACUGAACAUCUGGAAACCAAAAGUCUUCCCUCGAGAUCUCCACCCAGUACACCUAACUGGCGUAGCCCUCGAUUGCGUCAUGAUUUUCGUAAGCCACGUCCAUCGUCUGUAGACAAUCUUACCAACGACAUGAGCUAUGUAACUGAGAGUGAAGAUGUGUUCUAUACCUACAGGAAACCUCAGGAAGAUGAGAAGCUCUGCCAUGUCCAGUCCCAACAUGAGGACCACACUUUGGAUGAGGAAGAUUGGCAAUGCUUAUGGGAUAAGGAUAUGGAAGCUGAUGGGGAGCUUCUUCUAAUUAGAAUCAGCCCUGACAAUGACGGCAAGUUUGGAUUCAACGUCAAAGGCGGUGUGGAUCAGAAAAUGCCUUUGUCGAUCUCUCAUGUAAACACAAAUUCGCCGGCUGGUCGCUGUGUGCCUGCACUCCUGGAGGGAGAUCAAGUGCUCUUGAUAAAUGGACGUGACAUUUCAGAACACACACAUCAACAAGUGGUCAUGUUCAUCAAAGCCAGCAGAGAGUCCCACAGCAAAGAGCUUGCUCUGCUUGUGCGCAGAAAAGGCGUCUCUUUGCGAGCUGAAACCACGCUACAAUUUCCAGGCAGUUUUGGCAUUCAAGGAGAAAUACCCCCUUCUCCUAGUCACCCAUCUGGGGAGACACUGCAAGAGUCGAUGGCCCGUCUAGAGAGAGGACUGACUUCUGGCACUUUGCUUAUGCAAUUUGAGAAGUUACACAGGAAGAAAGCUGAUCUGUUACUGUCUUGUGCAAAUCUGUCUGAGAACAUGGAAAAGAAUCGGUACAAAGAUGUGUUACCGUAUGACAUCACCAGGGUGGUGUUACAGGCGGAGGAGGAUAAUUACAUCAAUGCGAGCCAUGUGAAGACUGUGCCAGCAGGUACCACGCUACAGUAUAUAGCAGCACAGGGGCCAUUGCCCAAUACAUGUACCCACUUCUGGAGGAGCGUAUGGGAGCAGGGAGUCAGUGUGAUCAUCAUGCUGACCACACUGACUGAGAGAGGACGGACCAAAUGCCACCAAUACUGGCCUCAUCCUCCUGAAGUGAAGGACUAUAACUACCUUCAAGUGCGCUGUCAUUCUGAAGAGUGUAACCUGGCCUAUGUCACCAGAGAACUAACGCUCACACACACACAGCUGGGUGAACAGCGCUCCAUCACGCACCUACAGUAUGUGGCCUGGCCAGACCAUGGGGUCCCAGAAGAGUCUUCAGACUUCUUGGAUUUUGUCAAAGCAAUGAGAAGCAAACGAAGGGACACUGAACCAUUAAUGGUCCACUGCAGUGCUGGGAUUGGACGGACAGGUGUGCUCAUCACCAUGGAGACGGCCCUGAUUCUGAUGGAGGGGGCACAACCUGUGUAUCCUCUUGAGAUUGUUGCUUCUCUGAGGGAGCAGAGAGCCAUGAUGGUCCAAACCUCGUGCCAGUUCAGCUUCGUAUGCCACGCCAUCCUGCAUGUGUACCGAGAGAGAUUCAAACACAGCCAAACAACUAGCAGCUGACAAGAGGAGAACAGGAGGAAUGGACACGAAUAAAGACAUCAUUUGGUUUUUAGGCAUGAUGGUAGAUGGUUGUAAUAGGGAGAUUUAAUCAUUUUUGUUAGCUUUUCAGCUUUUAUGGGGCAGAGAUAAAGGCUCAUGGAAAAGAAAAGCAGUAAAAAGUUAAGGAAAUAAUUAUGUAAAAUGAGUAUAGCAAAAUUUGGGAACACCUCAAAUACACUUAUUUUAACAGUAAUGCUGCAGCUUUGACUUGCAGGUCAGAGUUCUACUACUGUUGUGUCUUUUUUAUGGAAUCAUCUCUCAUUUUGAGCAGAAGAAAUGAAAAAAAUUUAAAUUAAAAAUGAAAUUGUUUUCAUAAGGUUGAAGAAUGUAAAUGGGCAUACAGUAGAUAUACAUCUAUUUAACAAGAUUUCAAUUUUGGUUUAUUUUGGUUUUAUUAUGGUAUUUAAAGAAAAAAUAUGCAGUAAUACUGCAUAAAAGUCAUCCAAGCACUUACUGACACUGAUGCACUGCCAUGCUGCUAUAUUCAAACUUUCCUCUCUACAUCAUUUCACAGACAAGUGACCAAAAAAACAAGACCAAUCAACUGUGUAAAUCUAUAUUUAUUCACUCAUUUUUGGUAACCGCAUCAUCUUGGUUGGUGUUGCAGUGGAUCUGGAGCCUAUAACGGGAACACUGGGCAUGAAACAGAUGAGGUUCCAGUCCAUCACUAUACACAUAGUUACACUUAAGGCAAGUUCGCUGUAUCAAUCUACCUACUGAUCAAUGUUAUUUGGGAGGAGGAGGAAACCAUGGACACUAAAACUAUUUCAGAUCUGUAUAAUUUUAUAGAAUAUCCACAAGUACACAAUCUGAGUAGAAAUACUUGGACAAUUAUCACUUUAUUAAUAAAGACAUUAUUAAAAUGUGA